AUGAGGAGAGGACUUGCUUUUACGGGAAACGCUCACGUUAAGCCACAUCGUUCCUCUGUUACCCUUUCCCCGUUAUCCACGGAGCGACAAAUUCGUAAGCCUGUAUCGCAAAUGUGCACACUCCGCGGAUCGCCGAAAAUUGCGGAGAGGGGAGGAGAGGAUACCGAAUGCAUCGAUUUCUCUCACAGCAACGCGGCCUACUCUCAAACAUCCAUUACUCACAAUGUAUUUCGAAUCUUAUGCACUAUGGAACCUUAUCUACCUGUAGCAUUUUUCAACACCAAAAUUCAAUGCUUGCCGAGAUCCAUGCUAAUUUCUAUCUAUAUCAUCACUGGAAAGGCCUUUUCGAGAAUUUUGCAACCGUUACCGAGUCUUUCUGGUAGAGUUUAA